CCUUGUGGGUGUACGCUGGAUCACUGCGCACGGCUGUAAUCUCAGUUCGAUGCAGAAAGCGUGGCUUCUAAAGCUCAGAGAACACGUGCUUAAUCAUCCAACUGGAAAAACCACCACAGGUCAGAAAUCUCAACAGUAUAGCGCGUUUGUUUUAUUCAGACGAUGGAACGAGUGUAUUUAUUUCAACUCGGAAAAGCAAUACCGCACUUAUAUUGAAGAUAGUUCUUCGUUCGGCAUUCGUCUGUCCACGAAUGGAAAAGAACAAGCGAUGGAGGCCAUUCAGAGGCAGUCAACUCACAAAGCAAUCAAAGAAAGCUCUACAGAUCAGUUUACUGGCAUGCCGAGUUCAACCGAGAUCAAGUCAACUCCGAUGCCUCCAAUGGGUUCCAUAGCUCAGCGUUCACCAAAGUGUGCUCGGUGCCGAAAUCACGGGGUGAUAUCCAUACUCAAAGGACACAAACGGUUCUGUAAAUGGCGAGAUUGUGCAUGCGCGGAUUGCAAUCUCAUAGCUGAAAGACAAAGAGUAAUGGCCGCACAAGUGGCGCUCAGAAGACAACAAGAGAGUGAGGAGGUUGGACAUCUUUCCUACGGCACAGUACAGUUGUGUUUUAAUCAAAAUCUACAAAAGACACCAAGAAUCAUUCCACCCUCACCAACGUCCCCAAAGGAUGCUCAACUGCCAAGAACCGCAAGUUUGUCUUCUCGAUCAAGCUCGCCAAACAUUGACGAUACCAACAAUGAGCUGGGGUCUCCCGCAAGCAGCGCAAACGAUGAAUUUCCAAUGGAUAACAACACUGAAGGUUUCUCCACGAGAUGGAAACGUGAACGAGACGACGAUGAAGAUGAGCGGCGCCUGAGAAUGUCACCAGAAUCAAAAAGACAGAGACACGACAAGAUAUCUCUACAAAAUGGUGAGAGCAAAGUCAUGUCAAGCUCUGAUCAUUCCAGGUUCAUGAACAUCCUUACACGGCUCUUUCCAGAGCAAAAAAGAAACGUUCUGGAGUUAAUUUUAAAGGGUUGUGGAGGUGACGUUAUCCAGACAAUAGAGACCGUUCUUCCAAGUCACGAGGAAGCCCUUGCUCGGGGCCAGUUACUUGCCACUGUACCCAGGGGUCUCUUUCCCGGGCCUCCCCCGCCAUCUGGCUAUUCAGCCUUCCCGCCCAUGUCUCCCACUCUUUCUCACAAUAUUCCAUUGAGCGCUGUAGAGUACCACGCAGCUUCCAAAUGUGCGAGUGGCCAAUGUCCCGGGUGUGUGUAUUACCCAGGAGCCGGUCCUUUGCCAGUACUCAAGGAUCCGACUAAGCGUCAGACCGCGGACGUACAGUCUAAGCUGAUACCGUCCAUCUCCGAGCACAACUCUUUGCCGAUUUCAACUAUGCCUGGUUUGACUAAAAUUCCGCAUCUUGAAGAUACGCGGUAUAGCCAAAGUAUGCGGUCAGCAACUGCUGCAUUAAUAACCAUGAGCUCGGCUGGAAGAGUGUUUCCUGGGGACCGACUACCACAAAGGAAUGAUCGUAGCCCUCCGAACCAUUCUCCCCGCGCCUCUCCCAAAAGUGAGGCUGACGAAAAGCCCUUUCGUCCAGAACUGUGGAUGUCGCAGAGUGUGUCGAAAACGAAAACCGUACUGUAUCAACCAACAAUGUCUGAAGAUGCUCGAGGCGAUGACAGUGUACCUCGGUAUCCUCGCUGUGCAAGAUGUCGGAAUCAUGGCGUAGAAUCAAUUUUGAAAGGACAUAAGCGAUUCUGUCAAUGGAAAGACUGCUCCUGUUCAAAAUGCAGCUUAAUAAUUGAGCGACAGCGUCUGAUGGCGGCGCAAGUGGCGCUAAAACGGGAGGAGGACGAGGCAACACCGCCAGCGCCCACGGUGGUAGGCCAGUUUCGGAACACUGCUGUCAGCGUAGACCCCGGCUGUGUAAUGUACAGGUCAGAAGCGACGGGUUCGAAUGAGGCAUUACCGAGUAUCAUAUGUUCAGCAACUGUACAGUUCGAUGCAAACAAUAACACAGCUUUGAGUGAUGUUGAUCCAGCCAUAACUGAGGAGGCGAGAAUCACCAAACACUCUUCGCUUUCAUCGGCGCCAGGCCUAAAGCGUAAGUUCUCGGAAAUGGAAUCCUCGUAUCCCUCCCCCCCUGAGGCAGGAGAUGACAGUGUAUUUUAUGACAGUGAUGACACAAACGGCGAAACAAAUGAUUACAUCCGGGAAUACAAAGAGCCAGCCAAUCACCCUACAGAACGAGCUUUGACUCAUACGGAUGACAGCACCAAUGAGAAUCUGAGGAGUCCUGGAAACCAGAAUCAAAGCUAUCAAGGAAGACUGCAUCCGCUAGAGCUCCUUACCAGACUCUUCCCAACUCAGAAGCGGAGUGUGCUGGAGCUCAUUUGGAAAGGUUGUCAUGGAGACGUAUUGAGAGCAAUAGAAUGUGUACUUCCGAGUCAUGAAAAAGCAAUGGCUUCUCUUAACUCACCUGAAAAUCCUGUGAUGCACUACACUGCAGGAAUGCAUCCAGGCUUUAUUACUCGCCAAACCCGACCUCCUUACCAAGGCCCUGUGGGACCUGCACCCGCACGCUAUCAUGUCUAUGGUACGGCACCAGGAUUCUCAUACCCCAUGGUCGAGUAUCUACAUCAUCAAAAGCGCAGCCUGGGACAAAACUGUACAGUCAAUGACAAUGAGCUCGCAUAUAGUAUGGUUCAGGGUAGUGAACAAACCAAUAUUGUGGGAAAAGUUUGUCCGGAAUGUUCAACUAAGUGUCAGCCGAGCAGUAACUUUUGCAGUUCGUGUGGCAAGUGUUUUAAAGAGACAUAGUUACUAAAAAUUGUUUGAAUUUAAGAAAAUUUUCCAAAUGACGGUGUAUCUGCACACAGAGGCAAAUAUUACUUGUAUUGAAAUUUAGCUUGAUGUACCACGACUAGCUUAAGGACAAAGCUUAAUUCUUUGGUUCUAAUUCACUAAUAAAACGUUUUGACGCCUGUGAGAAAACCUGAAGAGUGUCCCCGCGAAGUCGGCAAGACAGGGGGGGAGUUCUCUGCGUUGUCAUGCGUGAAUUUUUCCCUCGGCCCCUUAAUGGAGGAGCCAUGCAACUUAAGUGAGUUUUUGUUACUUGUGUUGAUUAAAAGAUCAUUAUAUUUAUCUAUCUAUUUGGUGUCAAUAAGAGUCACUGAGAAAAUUCUUAAAAGACCUGUUUGCCACUCAAAAAAUAUCAAUUUUUGACAACUAUCCGACAUAUUUUAAGUUUUGCUCCACUGUUGUCCAAUCGCAAUCCACAACACAACACUUAAGUGAAAGGACUU